GUGGCUUCAAUCCCAUUUCCUGUGACAAUUUUUCUGUAAAAAUGUUAUUUUCUGUUAAUUACAAAUUCAACAAACGAAUUGAAUAUAAGUGAAUAAUUGAAAAGUGAAGACAUUGUGACAUGUAAACAAAAUACUCUUCCCCAAAAACAAAAAAUCAACCAUCAUUCCAUUGCAAUUUUUCAAGACUGUCUUCUGUGAUCAAGAAUUUUUUUAAAAUAUUUCUAUUGAAUCCCAAUACUUAAUUGCCAACAAUACUACAAAGAAAACCCAACUUUAUUUUACUAAAAAAACCAUCAUAUCCACAAACAAACAAAAAAAACUCCCAAAAAACUAUUUUCCAAAAAAUAUAAUUUUCAAGAGCAAAUGAACAUGACACUGUUGAACAAACAUUUGAAGAAAAGCGAAAAUCGAAAGUGGUUACCCACUGUACCUUAAUUUAAAGCCACUGAAGCGCAACCAACGCAAAGCGACGUUAAAAAUGGCGCUGGUUGAGAACAAUCGUUAUAUUGUUCAAGUGUUUGUUGGAGCACUUUCACAACAAUAUGAAGCGUUAUCGGUGGAAGCGAGUAAACAAACGACCUCCGAGGAGAUUGUUACUUGUAUUGCUGAACGUUUGGAGUUAAUCGAUAAUUCUGGAUCAUGUGGGAAUUACGAAUUAGCUGAAGUUGUGGGUGAUUCAACGGAACAAGAAUGUAAAGAACGAAGAUUAGGGGCCACUGAAUGUCCUGUUGCACUCAUGUUACUCUGGCCAAAAACACAACAGGAAUCUUAUCGAUUUUAUCUACGGGAAAAACUUGUAUGGUCCGAUGAUUUUGCAAUGGAUCCACAAUUGAUCAAAGAUUAUUUUUAUAGAUUUUUAUAUCAACCAAAAGACCGGGAAUAUCCAGACUUAUGUCAAUUGCCUGAUCUAAAUGAACAAACACUUUUAGAUAAUUUACGGGCACGAUUUAUGGCUGGACAUAUUUAUACAUACGUUGGUUCCAUUUUAAUUGCAGUGAAUCCAUUUAAAUUUCAUCCAAUAUACAAUCCAAAGUACGUAAAAUUAUACCAGAAUACACGACUAUGUCCAAAUUUACCACCGCAUAUAUUCGCCGUAGCCGAUACGGCUUAUCAUUGUAUGUUAAAGGAACGUCGUAAUCAGUGUAUUGUGAUUAGUGGGGAAAGUGGUUCGGGUAAAACAGAGAGUACGAAUUUUCUAUUACAUCACUUAACUGCACUCAGUCAGAAAGGAUCACACGGUAGUGGGGUCGAACAAACAAUUUUAAGUGCUGGUCCUGUGUUAGAAGCGUUCGGGAAUGCAAAGACCGCCCAUAAUAAUAAUUCGAGUAGAUUUGGAAAAUUUAUUCAAGUGAAUUACAAAGAAAAUGGCAUGGUUCAUGGAGCUGUUGUUCAAAAAUAUUUAUUAGAAAAGUCGAGGAUAUGUUCACAAGGUCGAAACGAACGUAAUUAUCAUGUAUUUUAUUAUUUAUUGGCGGGUGCAUCGGAGCAAGAACGACAAAUCUUACAUUUAAAAACUGUCGAUCAAUAUCAUUAUCUGAGCCGAAGCGGAUGUUAUCAGUUGGAUAACGUCGAUGAAAAACAUGAAUUUUCCCGAUUAAAGCAAUCAAUGGAAAUGGUUGGAUUUACAGCUGAAAAACAACGACGUUUAUUUUCAGUAUUAUCAGCUGUUUUACUUUUGGGAAAUGUUGAAUUUCAACCAAGAAAAUCAGCGUAUCAUCACGAUGAAGCCGUUGCUGUGAAAAAUCCUGAAGUAGUUAGUUUAAUCUCUCAAUUACUUCGCGUCAAACAAGAAACUUUACUAGCUGCAUUAACGGCGAAGCGUGCUCGAGCAUCAGGGGAAACACUUGUCAUUAGUUAUCGGUUACCCGAGGCGAUGGCAGCUCGAGAUGCAAUGGCGAAAUGUUUAUAUGGCGCACUGUUUGAUUGGAUCGUUUUGCAAGUGAAUCAUGCGUUGCUCUCUAAAAAGGAUACGUUACGGGAUCAUCAGGGUAAUUCGAUCGGUGUGUUAGAUAUAUUUGGGUUCGAAGACUUUGAAUUGUGCAAUAGUUUUGAACAGUUAUGUAUUAAUUAUGCUAAUGAACAUCUACAAUAUUAUUUUAAUCAACACGUGUUCAAGUAUGAACAGGAAGAGUAUCGAAAAGAGGGGAUACGAUGGACGAAUAUUGAGUUUAUGGAUAAUACCGGGUGUUUACAAUUAAUUGAAGGCAAACCGAAUGGAUUAUUGUGUGUUUUGGACGAUCAAUGCAAUUUUCCGGGCGCAACAAAUGAAACACUACUCCAAAAAUUCAACACCGUACAUAAAGAUAACAUCUUCUACGAAAAACCACAAAAACGUGAAGGUGCGUUUAUGGUUCGACAUUACGCUGGCAAAGUGAAAUAUCAAGCAGCAGAAAUGCGUGAAAAGAAUUUAGAUCUAAUGCGACAAGAUAUUGUCGGAGUCUUAAAAAAUAGUUCAAUGGCGUUCGUACGCGAGCUAGUUGGCGCUGAUCCCGUUGCAGUGUUCCGAUGGGCAAUUGUUCGUGCAUUUUUUCGUGGAUAUUUUGCAUUUCAAGAGGCUGGACGUAAACAUCGUCAAUUACGUACGGAUCAUCCACAGCAUCGUUACAGGAAUCAUAUUCCAAAUGAAAAUUUAAUCAGGAAGAAUAAAUCUUUCCGUCCACGUGAAAGAGGAAAAAAAGGAUUAAAAAAUCUUCAAACAGUGAAAACCUUAGCCGGUCGUACAGGAAUCACAGCAAGUAAUCAAGCACAAUUAAGUAAAGCCCGCAAGCAACCGUUAACAGUGACUGCACAAUUUCAACAAUCGUUACAUUCGCUAAUGGACACACUAAAUCAGGCGAAUCCUUUUUUUAUCCGUUGUAUUAAGUCAAACAGCAAUAAAAUACCAAAUCGAUUCGACGAUGAAACCGUACAACGUCAAUUACGGUACACUGGUAUGUUAGAAACGGUUCGAAUACGACAAGCCGGAUUUAAUGUACGUUUAACGUACGAUGAAUUCAUUCAACUUUAUCGAAUAUUAUUGCCAAAAGGAUUAUUAAGCUCGCAACAAGAUGUUCGACAUUUUCUAGCAACGUUAAAUUUAAAUCGUGAUAACUAUCAGCUGGGCGCAAGUAAAAUAUUUUUACGUGAAUCCGAAAAGAUUAAAUUAGAUUUUAAGUUACAUCAACAAAUUAUGGCAAGUAUUAUAUCGAUACAACGAUGGUUUCGAAGUUGUUUAGAGCGAAAACGUUUCUUGCGGUUACGUAAUGCAGCGAUUACAAUACAAUCAUCUUGGAAAAUUUAUACGGCACAACGGAAACUCAAUGAAUUACGUAUAUGUGCAUGUGUUUUGGUGAUCCAGUCUGCGUGGCGUGGUUAUAAAGUGCGUAGAUGGUAUCAUAAGUUAAAACGUGGUCUGUGCAAGUUUCAAGCGCACGCUCGAGGUGUGCUGGCGCGUAGAAUGUUUAGUAAUAUGAAACUUCAUCAAUCACAAUCAUCCAAUCAAAAAUUACAGAUUGACCAGAGAUCGAGUGGUGUGUCCAGUUCGAAUGAAACAAUUUUAUCAUUUUGUCCGGAAGAAGUUGAAAAACGGAUACGAGAUUCGGAUGAAAGCAGUGGAAUUCAAGAAGAUGGUGAUAUGGAUCCAAAUAAUUCCAGAUCAAGUUUAAAUUUACGACCAACAUUAUCACUUCCAAGCGUUACUCCAACAUACCCCCCACAAUCUUUACUUAUUUCACCACAAUUACCCCCCUCUCAUAGGGUUGAUACCGUACGAGAAGGAACUUUGCUAGAUGUGAAUUCGUAUCCGAAACGCCGAUUAAGUAAAACAUACCAAAGUGUGGAUUUAUCAGAUUUAUCCACAUACACCCCCCGUAAAAGUAGUAUUGAAUCGAUGAAUUCACAAAAAACCGAUGAAUUUUCAUCGAGUCAAGGUGUACGUGAAUCAAUCGAAAAAACACGUCAACGCUUACAAAUUAUAAUCGAUUCAACUCGAAAAAAUAUCGAACGUAGUGUUGAUGGACCGUAUUACGAUGCAGAUGGUACUUACACAGCAUCUCCAGCAAUUAUAACAAACACUCUUCCACGACGUCCAAACGAGGUAGUAUCCGCGGAAAAUGUAUGGCGUGUACGAUCCGAUCACGAAAAAUCACCCACAAAAACAGUUUUAAAUCGAAGUGCGCUGGUAACACCACAAAAAUCAAGUUCCCAAGAUUCAUCGUUCACUUCAACGUAUAGUCGACAAGAAUUAUCACCGAAAUCAUCCUCGAAAGAAUUUAAAAGUGAGACAACACCAAAACGUGAAAUACGAACAUUAGCCGAUGGUUUAAUUAGUUGCCCACCAAUUCGACGAAAUACUCGAACAUUUAGUGUAGAUCCCGCAUCACAGUACAAACGUAACAAUGAGACGACGUCGAAUCGAAUUCGAAUUAAUUUACAAGAACAGGAAAAUAAACCACCCGCAGACGAUAAAAAUUUACCAGAAGUACCAGCUCGAUCGAUACGUAAACCUCGCCGUGAUGUUGUUUGUCGAAGUGUUGGUGAAGAGGUUACGGAUAGUUCACUCCCGGUUGAAGCAAAAAAUACUGCUUUGUUAGGAACAAUCGGUGAAACGAAUAUUUUAGCUUAUGAAACAAGUCCAACGCGACCCGAUUGGAAUCAAAAUCGUAAAGAAAUCAUUUCCACGGAUUCCACUCGUCUAAUCCAACAUGAAUCCGGUGAAUGGACUCAGCAACAAUUUCAAACACCUGGUGGGAAACGUCCACGAUCCGGUGGAAUACCAAGCUUGGAAUUACGUCGUAGAAAUAGUGAUCCUGCUACGAAAAUUAGUGGCGAUCCAAGCAAUCCUGCAAAAUUAACACCUGGUGAUUACAUAGAAUGGAAAACACCUACUUUGUUUACGAUUGCUGGUCAUCGAUUUGUGCUCGAUUUAAAAGUGGUUCGAUUCUCGAAAGAUGAUCGAUGUGGUUAUUGUGGAGAAGAAAUGGAUGCAUUGGUGACGCAAGGCUUCAAAUGCGUUGAUUGUAAGCAAUUAUUUCAUACGACUUGUAUUCAAAAUUGUGGCGUGGUAGAAAUGCCAUGCUUAAUGCAAAAUGCAGCCGAUGGGGGAAUUGGAAAACCGGGUCGAAGAAAACAUAGAAAACAUUCACGAACGCCUUACGAUAUUACAAAACAGGCUGUUACUAGUAAAUUUAGUUUAACGGGUACAUCCGAAUUCACUGAUAGCACCGAUAAAAUUAUAUCCGACGCACGCGAAUUACAAUCCAUGCAAGAUUUUAUAACGAAGAAAAUUUAUAAAAUGGAAAGUCAAGAGGGUCAGAAACCUAGUGAAGUGGAUCGUGUUUUUAAGCAAGCGUUGCGAGAGUUUAAGGACAAUUUAGUUGCCACGUAUAGUGUUAUGAACAAACAAGGCUACGAAACGCUUAAUAUCAAAUAUAAGGACUUAAUCGCGAACUUUUUACACGUGAUGGAAACGGUUUGUGUACAAGAACAAAAAGGUGAAGAUUUCCCGGUGACAAUGGGUGUGAAUGCGUUCCGUGGUUUUCUCAAUGAAUUUAUGUCCACACGUAACGAACCUGAAAAACCGGGUAAAGCAAAACGGAAAAAGGAGAAAAAGCGUAAAGUUGAAGAUCAAAUAACAUUCGCGGGUCAUUCGUUCCUGUUAACAAUUUUCAACAUCCCAAUGGCUUGUGAAAUUUGUACGUCGUUUUUCAUGUGGCCAAUUGAGCGAGGUUUAGUGUGCCAAACAUGUAAGUUAAUCUGUCAUAAAAAGUGCUACACUAAAGUUACAGGUUGUACAAAAGAAACAUCCUCCCAAAAUCAUGGUUCACCUCGAAUAUUCGGAGUUCCACUAAAUCAACUAGUAUCUGGUGACAGUAAAGUACCUCCCGUUGUUGAUCGAUUGAUUACAACCAUCGAAAUGUAUGGAAUGUACACGGAAGGUAUUUAUCGAAAAUCGGGUGUUAGUUCGAAAGUCAAAGAAUUAAAAAUGCGUAUGGAGGAAGCAAAUCAAGAAGGUGUUAACUUCGAAAAUUAUCAAGUUCAUGUGCUCGCGUCUGUGUUAAAAAGUUUUUUACGUGAAAUGCCUGAACCGUUGUUAACAUUCGAUUGUUACGAAGAUUUUAUUCGAGCUGCAAAUCUCACCGAUCCACAAGAUCGUGUUUCGACACUUUUUGCAAUCUUGAAAAAACUACCAAAAGCAAAUUUUGAUUUAAUGGAACGAUUAAUCUUUCAUUUGGCUCGAGUCGCUUCACACGAAGAUGCAAAUCGUAUGAAUGCAGCAUCACUUGCAAUUGUUUUUGCGCCGUGUAUUUUACGAACAAAUAAAAAAUUACCCGCCCAAGAUAGUUUACAAGAUAUUGGUCGACAAACGCAAUGUAUUGAAACUAUCAUUUCCGAGCAGUUACGAAAAGUUAAAGCUACGCUUGCUGAUAUUGAUACGCUUGAUACAGCUUGUCAUACAGCCACGCAUCGUUUAUCAUCGUUGCGAAGUUCAAAAGUUUUUAGUCCUGAAGAAUUACUACCACAAAAUCAAAAUAUGGGAGCAGCGGGUGCAAGUUCUAGCCAACAAACCGAGGGAGAUGAUGAAGAAGCUUUAUUAGUUGGUCACAUUAAGGAGAUCAAGAAAGAAAAGGAAAUUCUAACAUCUACUCUACCAAGUUUAACCAGGACAACAUCCGAUGAUGAUUUAUUAUCAACGGAUUUAGAUGGGGAUGGGGAAGGUAGCAUGGAUGAUAUUUCAUGUGGUACACCUUCAGCUGACGCGAAUCCCGAUCGAUGUAGUGUAAUUGAACAACGAGGUCGUCGUAUUCGCGGUCCUGUGAUACGAUCCGUAUCCGGUGGGGAUGCUACAACGCGACAACCUCCCGGUGUUGUUGGACAUCAAACACAAUUAAAGCGACAAUCGUCGUCUGAUAUUGGACUGUUACAAAAAGCGGUUGAAGAAUGUGACGAUGCUCCCAUUAUGGUAUGAAAAUAAGUUUAAAAAAGUGUGCUACCAAACCGGGGGUCUUCCGGUUUCUUUGUUUAAUUUGUUUUUGUAUAAAGUGUGAAUGAAUUGAUAAAA